AUGACAGGAGGCGCUUCGUGUGUGACCCCGACGUGUGCCAAGAGCGGCUCGCUCAUAUGUCCGACAUGCAAGAAGCUGGGCAUUCCGCCGGCCAUGAGCACAUUUUGCUCGCAGGAGUGCUUCAAGGGUUACUGGUCUUCGCACAAGGCGCUGCACAAGAUGUUUACACAGGCCAUAGCAGCAGAACAGGCCCGCGCUGAGAACGCAUCGCCCUUUGACGGCUACGAGUUCACGGGCAAGCUGCGGCCUGGUAAGGUCUCGGAGACGGUCAAGGUCCCUGAGACCGUCAACCACCCCGACUACGCUGAGACGGGCAUCCCCGAAGCGGAACAGCGUGCUCGACGUGAAAGCAACAUCAUCCCAGUGUACACUCCCGAGCAGAUCAAGGGCAUCCGCGAGGCCUGCCGUCUCGGCCGUGAGGUACUAGACAUCGCAGGUAAGGCACUGCGUCCUGGCGUCACCGGAGAUGAGAUCGACAAGAUCGUGCAUCAAGCCUGCAUUGAACGCGGCUGCUAUCCAUCGCCACUCAACUACUAUCACUUCCCCAAGUCGGUCUGCAUCUCGAUUAACGAGGUUAUUUGCCACGGCAUCCCGGACUCCCGUCCUUUUGAGGACGGAGAUAUCGUCAACCUCGAUGUGACGGUGUAUAAGAAUGGCUAUCACGGAGACUUGAACGAAACAUUCCUCGUCGGCACUGUUGAUGAAGAAGGUGUACACCUGGUGAAGACAACAUUCGAGAGUCUGGCUGCGGCAGCCAAGAUCAUUCGCCCCGGCACGAUGUUCCGUGAGCUGGGCAAGCAUAUCUCAGCGGUUGCCACCGCCGAGGGGUUCUCGGUUGUGAAGUCAUACUGUGGCCACGGUGUUGGAACGCACAUGCACGGCAUCCCGGACAUCCCUCACUAUGCUAAAAACAAGGCCGUUGGCAUCAUGAAGCCCGGAAUGGUCUUCACUAUUGAACCGAUGAUCAAUGUCGGCACGUGGCGUGACCAAACGUGGCCUGAUGAAUGGACCUCAGUGACAAGAGAUGGAUUGCGCUCGGCGCAGUUCGAGCACACGUUCCUCGUGACGGAGACAGGCUACGAAAUCCUAACUGCGCGUGAGAAUGAGCCUGACAUGGAAUGGAGUCAGGCAAAGCUGCAGCGUCCGCUCUAA